CUGAUAUUAGCUAGCCAAUAUAAACUGUGAUUAUUCAGUUCUCCCUGGUUAGUACUAUAAUAACCAACAGAAUGUUUAAACCUCUAAAUAUCCUCCUGCGCCUCUUAUCGAUAUCACCCUUUGUGGUUAUCACAUCUGUGAAUGGAGAAUGUUUUGGCGCCAAUGGACAACCCCGCGACCCUAUCAACAUGCAGCCUUGCGACCCUUCGGCAAAGUACAGUGCAUGCUGUGCAACGGCCCAGAUCGGACCUGAUGUAUGCCGUACAACUGGCCUCUGUCAACCUAUACGCUAUACCUAUCCAGGUCUGGUUUUUCAGAAUGGGUGUACCGAUCCUACAGGCAAAUCUCCAGAGUGUCCAAGCUUCUGUAAUCCUGUUGCACCUGUGUUUGGGAAAAGAGCCAUGGGAUACGCUAUUGAGCCAUGUAAACGAGGAGUUUGGUGCUGCAGAGACCCUAGCGAUAAAGAAAGCUGUUGCCAAAACCGUUCACUCCUUAUAACGGAUGGAGACAUCGGCCGGCUUUUCUUAAGCGAAAUAAAAACUAUUGGAAACGCGGGAAACAAUACCUACCCUACUUCUGACAGUACUUCCAACUCAAGCCCGGCACCUAGUGGAGGUUCAUACGCACCGGAAAAGUGUAGCAACACUGCUACACUGGGCGUAGGUAUCAGUCUCGGAAUUGGAUUAGCAAUAGCUCUAGGAGCAAUCGCUCGUAUGGCCUGGCAACAAGCGGUAGAUAAGAGGAAAUUGGAAAAGCAAAAGAGAGGUUUGACGCCUAUAAGUCAACACCUACCAGUACACGAGCUGGGAAUAAUAGGGCCUCAAGCUACUAAGCUUGGACAGAGGAUAAGAGGCCCUCAACCUGCUGAGCUUGAGGCCAGGGAUGGUUGUGAAGACAUAGAUGUGAACACACAGAUACCCAACGAGCAGGCUGGCUAAUCGAGGCUGUGCCUGGAGGAACGUAUGUGCCUGGAGGAACGAAGUGCCGUAAGGUCUUCGGGCCCCAUAUAACCCACUGACCGACUCCCAUGGUUAGGGCUGUUCCCGAUUGGCGGAUUUCCCGAUUUUGCAGGUACGAUAUCGGCACGGAUCCGAUAUCGUCAACCUUUCGGGUUUGCGGAUACGAUUCACCGAUUCAUAUCGGC